AUGUCUAUUCAUUUGGACCAUUCAAAGGGUCGCUCAAGAGUCCUCCCGAGGUCAAGGCUAGGAUGCAGAACUUGCAAAAUUCGACGAGUCAAGUGCGGAGAGGAAAAGCCCAGCUGUAUUCGGUGUACCAGUACAGGUCGCAAAUGUGACUUUGAAGACACACAGCCCUCUUCUACAUUGUCGGUCAUCGCCAACCCCUCAUCAUUAUCACCAAACACCAAUAUGGUGUGGCGAGAGCGCCGUGCAUUUGCCUAUUAUUUUGAAUAUGCUGCCUCCUCCAUUGGUGGGGGACUGGACGUUGAUUUUUGGCGCACUGUCGUCCCGCAGGUUUGCCGCUAUGAACCUGCUGUAUGGGAUGCCAUCAUCACCAUCAGUGCGCUAUUUGAGUCUCCCAAACAAUGCCCGGAUCUCGUGCCACAUCGCCGCGAUAAUACUGCCACUCUCACUCAAAACCGUCAAGACGCCUUGGGUUGGUACUCGCGCUCGGUAUCUGCUGUUCGUCAGCGCAUUGAGCAGGGUAACGUAGACGUCUUUAUCGGACUGAUAAGUUGUGUGCUUUUCAUCUGCAUUGAGGCCAUCCAGGGAAAUGCAGACGGGGCAUUGCAACUUUAUCGUCAAGGUGUGCAGCUGAUUAUUACUUUACGUCCCCAAAUAGUAUCUGGGGCUGCGAGUAAAGCUUCCUUGUUGGAAGAUACAAUUAUCCCGAUCUUCAUCCGCCUAGGAACAUUUGCUCUUGCAGGUGGUGGGGCUCCAGUAACUGCUUUACUACGAGACACUGAACAUGCCUUGAUACCACAGUUUGACUCACUCAAGUCUGCUCGGGAGGCGAUCGUGCUCUUAGCUAUAGAGGUCCCGCUCUUUGAAAGCACUUGCACCAAGCACUUGGUGGAGGCCAAUGCCUCCCAGGUGCCUGAGGAAUUCAAUACUAGACUGUUCAGUCUGGCAGCCAGACUGAGGAACUGGCAUACUGCCUUUGAUAAGUUGAUGACAGUUCUUCGAGCCAAAGACAUUUCAUCACAGCAGCACAUUGGUACCGCUGCCCUUUUGCUGAGCUACUACGAUAUGCUAUAUAUCAUGCUCGAGACCUGUACAUCCUUGUCAUUGAUGCAAUUCGACGCUUAUCUACCAAACUUCCAAAAUAUCGUUGAACAAUGUGCCAAUGCACGCGAAGCCUCGGUGCGACCAGACGGCAGCCAGCCUCCAUUUACAUUUGAAGUCAACGUUGGUCUUCCACUUUGGUUUACCAGUCUCCGAUGCCGUGAACCACGUACCCGACGCGCGGCACUGGAUCUACUCCGCCAAGCGCCCUCGGUGCAAGGAUUUUAUGAGUGCUCAAUCUGGGCAACCGUGGGGCGAACGAUCAUGGUGCUAGAAGAAUCACGUGCAAUGGCAAAGAACGCAGCUCAUUAUACGCCCGGUCUUGGUGCACUGGAGCCAACAAGUGGACCAAGUCCUGGUUCCGAACUUGCCCCAAUAUCAUAUUUUGCUGAUACGGAUAUGAGACCUAGAAUACCAACAACGCUGCUUAUCCCAGAGGAGGUGCGCAUUGGACCCAUCACUGCUUUUCGGCCAAUGGACGGUUUUCCUCCUGGGACCACAGAGGCAGAUAUCGCGAAGUGGAACCGGGGCCCUGAUCAAUUAUUUCUGCGCUUCUCCCGGCAUGAGCGCGGUCUGACUGGCGAUUCUUGUCGGAUGGUGUACGAAUACACUCCCCUUGACUUUUCCCCUUGA